AGUAACUAAAUAAGCACUGAGAUGACAGAAACAUAGUAUGGUGUCAUGGAAACCAAGGCUAGAGAGUGUUUUCACGAGGCAGGAUCAUAUGUGUCAAACCAAAGGACAAGGAAAGAAAGAAAAACAAAAUCUGACUUCUUUAGCAAUGGAACAUUCUCCAGUGACAUCUGAACAAAUGGUUUCAUAAGCACUGAACACGUGACACCAACAGGCAAAGAAUUAGAGAUUGUGAGAAAGGAAGUCUAUUCAGCAGCUCUGGAAAUGGAAGAGCAAUAAUGAAAUAGCCACGAUUUAUACCUGCUCUACAGGUUAUAUCUUCUCUCUCCCCUUCUGUCUAUCUAUCUCCAUUUCUCUGUCUCUGUCUGUCUGUUUCUGCCCCUCUCAUUCCAGGCUGUUGGCCUUGAGCUCAUAGUAUAGCUGAGGACGAUCAUAAACUUCCUACCCUUAUGCCUCUGCCUCCAUGUAUGCCAUCAUGACUGCUCCACACAGUUUUGGAGAUUGAAUACAAGUCCUCAUGCAUGACAAGCAACCAAAUCUCCAUCCCACAUACUCUCUCUUUUUAACAAGAGGUUAGUAUUCUCUGAAUCUCAUAAUUAUAUCUAAUUGUCUGUUUGGUGAUUUUCAAAAUAGGCAUCAGCUCAGCUCCAAAUAUUUAACCCACUCUUUCCCUCUCAACUAUGGAGUUUAUGUUCUUUUCUCUAUACCUCACAUUGUCUUAAAUAUAUUUUGUGAUUACAGUGGAAAGUAUUUUUUUUUUAUUAACCACAGGUAUUUUCUUGACUUUUCCCCAAAGACUACUGCAUUCAGCAAAUAAGGACUUCUUUGGUUGAGCUUUGGAAGGUCAAUUUUAAUGGACUCAAUGUUGUAGAAGCCAUUUUGUAGUUGUUCCUCUUUGAGAGUAUGAUAGAUCUGGCAUAUAUUUUCUUGAUAAAAUCAAACCUUUACACUCAGAAUUCAGCUGUAACAUUGUGUGAAAAGGGUCUUGGUGGCUUUGUCACUGAACCUAGCAAUCAUUUUCUUCAAAGUCAUCUUCCUCAAAUGCUUCAUACUGCGGACUGAUUUUGUCUAUAAACAUCCAUCUCUAUCAUUUUCUUGGUAUGUCCUUUACUGGUGUUAAUUCUUUUAUUUAAGAGUGUUGAAAUGGGAAACAGAACAUGACUAUCUCUGUCCUCCCCCUUUCAUUUCCUAACAUCACUAUAUUUUGUGAAGUGAGCAUGUACUCGCAAUUCUUCUUGAUAAUGUUUAUACUCAUAAAAGCCAAAGAGGCACGCAAACAUUUCUUACUUUAAGGACAAAUACUCUAGACGUGAACUUGAUGGUCAAAGAAGAGGCAAGUAGGUUCACUCUCUCAGUCCAGCUAUCAUUAUUCCUUACUUUAAGUUCAAUUGCUUAUGAAAGUUUCCCUUUGAUGACCCUUCUUAUUGCUUUUAGACACUACUACAGCAGAAUGCAGAGAAAGAACUUCACUGAAGUGACAGAAUUCAUCUUCUUGGGAUUCUCUAGCUUUGGAAGGCAUCAAAUAACCCUCUUUGUGGUUUUCCUAAGCAUCUAUAUUUUAACUCUGACUGGCAAUGUCAUCAUCAUGACGAUCACGCUCAUGGACCAUCACCUCCACACUCCCAUGUACUUUUUCCUCAGCAUGUUGGCAAGCUCAGAGACUGUGUACACGCUAGUCAUUGUCCCAAGAAUGCUCUCCAGCCUGAUUUUCCACAAUCUUCCCAUAUCCUUGGCAGGUUGUGCAACCCAAAUGUUCUUUUUUGUCACCUUGGCCACGAACAACUGCUUUCUGCUAACAGCCAUGGGUUAUGACCGUUAUGUGGCCAUUUGCGAUCCCCUGAGAUACAUGGUCGUCAUGAGCAAAGGAAUGUGUGCCUGGUUGGUUUGUGGAUCUUUGGGCACUGGUCUGGUUAUGGCAGUUCUCCAUGUGCCAGCCAUGUUCAGUUUGCCCUUCUGUGGCACAGUGGUGGAACACUUUUUCUGUGACAUAUAUCCAGUAAUGAAACUUUCUUGUGUUGAUACCACUCUCAAUGAGAUCAUCAAUUAUGGUGUAAGUUCAUUUGUGAUUCUUGUGCCUAUAGGGCUGAUAUUUAUCUCCUAUGUCCUCAUCAUCUCUUCCAUCCUUAAAAUUGCCUCAGCUGAAGGCCAGAAGAAAGCCUUUGCCACCUGUGCCUCUCAUCUCACUGUGGUCAUUGUUCAUUAUGGCUGUGCCUCUAUUGCCUAUCUCAAACCCAAGUCAGAAAGUUCAGUAGAAAAAGAUCUUCUUCUCUCUGUGACAUACACCAUCAUCACUCCCCUGCUGAACCCUGUUGUCUACAGCCUCAGGAACAAAGAGGUCAAGGAUGCUCUAUGCAGAGCUGUGGGCAGAAACACUUCUUAACAGAUUUGAAAUUUCUGUGAGGAAAUCUUCAGCCCAGUAUGUCUAUUCACCAAUAAGCCACGAUCCCUCUGCUCAUCAAAUACAGUGUUUAUAGAUAUAAUGUCAGAGAGUAGAAAUGCCUUUAUUUUAUUGUGUCAGAAAACAGAAUUUUGGCUCCAAUGUUUGGAUCUCAGGUCCAAGAAUCAUCUUCUGUUGGAUUAAGCUCAUUUGUUUAAGUUCUGGCUAGCUUUGGUUUGGAAACCUCUUUUGGUUUCUACUUCUCAUAGACUCUCAAGCAGUCAAGACCUCUCUGUCUGGUGUGGAUGUAGAGAAGAGACAAGUGUACCUUGGCAGAAAGGGGUCUAAGGAUAGUGAACUGCAGGGCCAACAGCUUUCAUUUCCUCUUUCAUGCUCAAGAGAGAAGGCCUUCAUUCAGAUGAGUUAACAAUGUAGCCAUUUUAGAAAGGGUUUGCUUGAUCUGUAUUGACUGAGAGGUAAAGGUCUUUGCAAAAAAGAGUCCAUAUUUCAUUAUUUAGUUAUACUAAUAGCUUAAAUAUUAUCAAUUUCUAUGUCUAUUUCUAUUUUCCUAUAUGAUCAAAGCAAAAACACCUUAUUUUCACAGGCUAUGCAGUAAAGAAAACAUCCUGAGGAAGCUUCUCUGUAGCUACAUUUUUAUUCUUAUACUUUUCAUAA